AUGGAUAGAUCUUCGAAUAGAGUGGCAGCCAAUGAGGAAAAAAAAGGCACUGAAAGGACAGCGGGCCAUGAGCGGAAACAACAGAACAAAGGCAAAAGAAUACGCCACAACAAAAAUGGACAAAGACCUAAAACUCAUAUAUUAAACUCAACGUCGGGAGACUCGAAGUCAGUUGCUACCGACUUAACCUCUGGGUCAUCAAAUUUUCAGAUAAUAAACAAAGAAUCGUCUGAAGAGUCUUCUAACGACCCUGAGACUUGUAUCAUAUGCGCAUCUGAGAUAAUCCACGAGGGCCUUGGGCCCUGCAAUCAUCGUACUUGUCAUGUGUGCUGUAUUCGGAUGAGAGUUCUUUUUAAAGAUGAGACCUGUACUCUUUGUAGGACUCCCGCACCAUACGUUAUAAUCACCGACGAUCGAAACAGAAGAUUUGAGGAUUUUAGCGACGAAAACUUUAAGAGUAUAGAAAAUAAUAUUGGACUACGCUUUGAUAAUUUGAAUAUUAGAGAUGAUGUUUUAUGGAUGCUGGGCUAUAAUUGUCCAGAAAAAGAGUGUGAUGUUGUUUGCCUGGCAUGGCCGCAUCUCCAUGAUCAUACCAGAAGAGCCCACAACAAAAAGAUUUGUGACCUCUGCUCCAAACAUAGAAAGAUAUUUCCUCAUGAACAUGACCUCUUUACCGAUGCCGGGUUAUCUAAACAUAUGAAAAAAGGCGACGAGGCACCUGGACGUGUUAAUCAAUCCGGAUUCAAGGGCCACCCUCUGUGUAAUUUUUGCGGAAACCGUUUCUAUGGUGAUGACGAACUCUUUACCCAUUUGAGAGAGAAGCACGAAAGAUGCUUUGUCUGUGAUCGUGCGAAGCCAAACAGUCCUCCUUCAUACUAUCCCAACUACGAAGCGUUAAGCUCUCAUUUUGUCAAAGAUCACUUUGUCUGCCAGAUGAAAGAUUGUUUAGACCAAAAAUAUAUCGCUUUUGUUUCUGAAUUCGAAUUAAAAGCUCACAUGUUAGAAGUUCAUGGAGAUUAUCUUUCAAAAGACGAUCGGCGCGAUGCGAGGAAUGUGGACUUGUCCGACUUUUCCUACCGGGAGUCAUAUCACCAGCAACUAAGAGGAGCUGGAACACAGAGAGGACAGAGAAACAGUAGGCCAAGGGGAUUGGGAAGAGAUCCUAAUGCAGCUCCUAUACCAAAUUCGAGUGCUCAGCCUCUACGAAGGGAUGAACUUGCUUUUCAGAGGCAAAUGAGUAUUUUAUCUGAUCAGUCACGCACGACUAGGAGCUUUGGCCACCAAUUAACAGACGUCCAAGGUCGAACACCAGCGUCGGUACCUCAACAAUCUCAAGCUACAACAACAGUAUCAUCAAGCUCGAUUGCAAAUUUCCUAGCAACAGGUGAUACACUACCGACACUUGACUUGACACAGGCUAGCUUAUCACAACACGAGAAAAACCGCGCUAUGCGCCAUAAAUCUGUUAUUGAACGAGCCUCUUUGUUACUUCAAAUGGAUGAUUCAAAAGUCACCUUGUUCCGGAAACUUAUCUCGAAAUUCAAGGGUAGUAAAUCUAGCGCCCGCGCUUUGGUUGAUGAACUUCUAGCUCUUUUCGACGAAAUACCCUCUAAUUCUCUCGGCACUCUUAUCAGAGAAGUAGCUGAUUUAUUUGAAGAUUCUGCUAAAUCAGACGAGUUACGCACGGCAUGGAACGACUGGCGAGCGAUAAAUGAAGAUUAUCCUAGCUUACCAGCAGUGAGCGAAGGCUCCACACUUUUGAGUUGGGCUUCCAAGAACUGUAACACGUCUUCCGGGCCUGUUACAGUCUCAUCUUCGAACCGAGCUAUGAAACUUAAGAAAUCGACUGCCAAAUCAGUCCAGUCGCCUACAUCACAAAAUAGAUCUUGGGGAUCUGCAUCGCUAGCUAGUAGCACUACUGUAGAUGUCUCCAGUGCUAGUAGAAACACUGUUACAAGCGCUUUUCCUAGUCUUCCCCACACAGCCAACCGCAUAAAUGUCAUAAACAUUAGUAAUAGUAAUCCCCCCAAAACAGGAGAAUCAGCAUCAAUUUCAGCCACUACCUACAAAUCUCCAUCCAAGGCUAAUCAAAAUUCUACGACAAGUAGCAGUAGACCAAUAUCGAAUGGGGGCAAUAGUGCUCAGCUUGGAGUUGAUGCUUUUCCAGCCUUGCCAAGAGCAGUUAAAUUGCAAGGUAUCAAUCGAAAUCACGCAAGUGCUCUGGGACGGAGAGAUAUGAGACAUACAUCUGAUAAUGUCUGGAACGGCGCCGGAGCAACUGGCUCUAGUAGCAGCGGGCGGGAUGGUGCAACUGAUGAUGGCCACGAAGACUCGAUUAAGGGCAAAAAGAAGAUGAACAAAGGUAAGAAACAAGUUUUGAUGGGUUGGGGAUAA